ACGGGAAUUCUGUACUUUCGGUUUAUCAUGGCCGCAGAAUGAAUGGUGCUUUUUCUUUACAACUUUUUAGAGAUACAUUCUGUGGUUUUUGGCAAUACGUAUUCUAAAUUUCUUGAACUAUGGUUGAAUUGAACUUUGCCGACAAAUUAACAACUGCUGGUGUUGGUUUGUCCAGUAUUCUAUUGUAUGUUUUCUACAACAAAUAUAAAAACCGGCUGAUUUCAUCAGAUCAACUCAAGGCAUCGGUAACAUUAGGUGAUAACAUUAAGGAGCAGUUGGAGCUAGCACCAGAUCAUAAAAUACCCUACGCGACAGUAGAAGGAAUAGUGACGGCAGUUGGCCAGACAUUGUCCAGUCGUCAUGACGCUGUCACAGAAGGUGUCAUACAACACUCUGUAUUAAAGGAACAUAAAUCAAGGAGAGUCAAUGGCUUCUGGUCUGAUGCAACCAGGACUAUCAGGAAUGUUAUUGAUACUGUACCAUUCUAUCUUCGACCAGCCACGAGACAUGGCGACAAUGUUAUUGUCACAGAAGUCGGUGAGGCAGAGUUUUUGAUGGAUGAGCUCGCCGUUACUUAUGAUAAAUUCGAACCAAGUCAAUCUUCCUUUCUGCAAACAGGAUUGGAUCGAAUAUUCGGUGAGGUCACAAAAGGUCUUCACGAAAGGGAGGAAAUGCUGGUAGUUGGAACAGGAAUUCUUGGUGUCGGAGAAGUUUUCCUGGAAAAUGGAAAAGUGAAAAUUGGACCAGGAGCAGGAACCAAAUAUAUUUUGACAAAACUUACUAAAAAGGAGGUGAUCAAAAGACUGAAAUCGCAGUCGUCCAUAUUUAAAUAUUUGAUGAUUUUCACGGGUCUGAUUGGCGGGGGUUGUCUGAUUUAUCUUCUGGUGAAAUUUUCGCGGAAGUAUUUUGAAGAUCGGAGAAAUCAGGAGAUAUUUCGAUCUGCUCGACUGGGAAGAGCGAAUAACGAAAACGGUGAACAAACUGAAAAUGAGUGUGUUGUUUGCUUGACCAAUCCUAAAGAGGUUGUCAUUCUAAAUUGCGGACACGUAGCUUUGUGUGCCCAGUGUGCAGAAAUUUUACCAAAUCAGACAUGUCCCGUUUGUCGUGGCCAUAUAACUAGAUUUGUACCUUUAUAUCAAUCUUAGAGUUCAAUCAAGUUUAGGGUUCAAUCAAAGUGCAUCAACCUGUUUGUAUCAAUUUUAGGGUCUAAUCAGAUUUUAACCCCUUAACUGUGUAAUUAAUUUGACGUUAACUACCCCCUAUUGCGUAAUUAAUUUGACGAAAAACGUCAUAUUUGGGCCUAUUUUUUCCUGAAUACACAUUUGAGUGGUCUUAAACCAAAAUAAAACUAACAGUAAAUAGAGUUGUCUCCCUUCAAUUAGAUUCCUCGACCAGGCGUAAUAAAAUGUCAUCCGCAAGGUAAGAUUGUGUUCGAAGAAUAGGUUGGGGAAAAUACCUCCAGGGCGUUAUAUUACGUCCUACACACGGUGAGUGGCAGUUGUCCAGGACGUUAUAUAACGUCCUACGCAGUUUAGGGGUUAAAGGAUGCUGACCUGUUAAUCAAGUUUAGGGUUCAAUCAAAGUACAAUAACCUGUUUGUAUCAAUUUUAGGGUCUAAUCAGAUUUUAAAGGAUGCCGACCUGUUAAUCAGAUUUAGGGUUCAAUAAAAGGACAUCGGUCUGUUUGUAUCAAUUUUAGGGUCUAAUCAGAUUUUAAAAGAUGCUCACCUGUUAAUCAAUUUUAGGGUUCAAUAAAAGGACAUCGACCUGGUUGUAUCAAUUUUAGGAUUCAGUCAAAUAUGAUGAAUAACAAUCUGAUUAAAACACAGAUCCUAUUUCGUUUCUUUUUUUAUAAUUCAAAAUUUUGUUUUUUCCUUGUCUUUACUACACAAGGAUCUGGCAGAAUUGUUAUAAAACCUGCAUUUUGAUGGAUGUGAGGGAUUAGCCAAUGAAACUGUCUGUUAUGGGGAGUUCUUGGUGUGCUGUGCAUGGAACUGUGGGUAUUUCACUAGAAACAUCAACACUGAUUGGUUAAUCAAAUGUCUGAUGUCAUAGGUUCAAAAACCGCUCGUAUAUGACCUUCUACUACAACCGGUCAGAUCUUCCUGUAGUAGAGACAAUCGAAAGUAUAAUAAAACGAAAUAAAAUAUAGAUCUGUAUUUUAAUCUGAUAGGAUGAUCAACAACGAUAUUUUGAUUUUUGUUAGAAAGAAAUUUUAGUAACAAUUUACAGUACAACUAAUUUCUUGCAUAAAUUAAAUGUCAUGUAAAAACCUAACAUGCAAAUUUAUAAAGCGCAAUAAAUACUUGUAUUAGGAGCUCCAAAUGCGCUUGCAAAAUUAUAUAUUUCGCUUCCAUUUCAUCCUUAGUGUUGUAUGAACAGGUGAGUUUUGAAAAUGCAGAUGGACUUUGAUUCUUUUAUAUGACGAGGUAGUGAAUUCCACAAGAGCCAAAGAUUACUGGAAUGAACGUUUGGUCAUUUCUAAGCUCGUGGAUGGUACUGUUAAGAGAUGUUUUGAAGAAAAUUGUAGACAUUUUCCUGGAAUACAUGUGAAGAUGAGAUUUUUGAUGUAGGAUGGAGCAGAGCUGUUAAUAUAUGACGGCAUAUCAAUGGUUACCGUGCAGCACAUUCCCACAACUUUCCAAACCACAUUUAUGACAUAAAUUAUCAUAUUUAACAGAAAUAAAAUGUUACUUCUAAUACAUUAAGAGAGAAAGAAAUGGAGUUUAACAUCCAUGUGACACAAACUUGGUCGGUCAUUUUGGGACUAACAUAUGGUUGAAUUUUAUUUCAACAAUUUGCUCGCGAGUAGGGGUCUUUAGCAGUGGGAGGAAACAAGAUGGACAGGCAACCCUCAGGCCCGUAAUGGGUGGGGGGCCAAAGCCCCCCCCCCCUACCUGCAAAAAGUCCCCCCCCCUUGAAAAAAUUGUCGACCUCAAAAACAAUAGAUAUACAUUGUCUGUCAAUUUUACAGCAACCCUGAGAACACUUCCCGCACCCCUAGUUGCUCUGAGCUACUUACGACCCUGGCAACCCUACUUUAUUCUUAGCGAAGUCAUGAGUGUUUAUUAUCGUAGCGUUUCAUCUCACAAGCAUUCUAAUCCAUUUAAAUUUCUGCCCUUAGAUAGUCCAGAGAGUUGAUUCUAGGCUUGUCAUGUGAAUAAAUGUAAUUCUUAUACGGCAUUUAGUAACUGAACAUAUGAUAUAAAACACAAAUUUAUAUGGAAAUGAAAUGAAAUGAAAUGGGGUUUAACGUCCUACUGUUUUGCUCCGAACUGGGCUAAUGGAGAUGGGCAUACGCCAUACAGUGUGCUAUGAGGGAAAUUUUGCCCGGACAGCUGCACUACGGCCUACUCUUAUAUCGAAUUCCAACUGUCAAGGGAUCUUUUACGUGCACGCCAAUGUGUACAUGGGACCUCAGUUUUUUCUCUAAUCCGAAUGACUAGACAGCUGUCCUUGUCAGGCCUACCCACUUAGCGACCGUGAUCCCCAAAUUUAUAUGGAAAACAAUCACUAGGUUUAAAUAAUAAAUGUCUAAAUAAUAAUUUAUAUAACAUUUGAAGCCAAACAAAAGACCUGCAAUAGGCAGAUUUAGCUCUUACAGAAGGUAUCUUAAAUAUCUGAUUGGUUUUUAAAGGCUCAAUACCACUCUUGUUGUAACUGAAUAAUAUGUCCCAAUCUUUAUUCUGGUCAACAAAUUGUACUAUUUUACAAUAUUCCAAUUAAUUGAUGAUACAAAUUUCAUCUUAACACACCUAAUUUAAAAAAUUGGAAAAAUUAAACUAAAUGAUUUGAAAGGCCUAACGUAAACCUUUUCAAAUGUGACUUGGAUUUAAAAAUAUUUUCGAACCCUCUGGACAAGUAAAAUAGGAUGUAAUGGAUAAUUUACACAACGGGUAGGACACUUAAACAUCUAAUACUUAGAAUAAGGCUAAUAUUUAUUUACUGGAGCUGUGUUAUAUAUUGUCCCUUUAAUUGUAAAAAUAUUUUAACUACAUGUAUAUUUGUUUGCGUAUAUUAGACUAUUAUCAUUGCUUUGAGUGAUUUGUUUAUAUUUAGAAAUGUAAUAAUAAUUUUAUAGAAUAUAUUUUGAAAUACAAUAAAAAAAAUAUCAAGAACACCACUUUAUUGUCAUUAUCUUGAAUGUUUUGGGAGGAAUGUAAUGACGUGGCUUUAAUUCCCUGCUGUCUAACCUUAUGGGGUUUUCUCAAAUUAAUGAAAGAAAAAUGAACCAAAUGUUAGUCCCAAAAUGGCAUAGUUUCUGUCAAGUAGACUUAAACCACAUGGGGGGUUGGAUGGCUGAAUGGUUAGCGUGCGCGCGCUGUAUCCUAAAGUCUGUCAUUGAGUCGACUGGCGUGGUUUCGAAUCUCCAGUUGUACGUAGGGUCGCCUAUCCAACUUCGUGGGUUUUCUCCGGGUCCUCCGGUUUCCUCCCACUGCUAAAGACCCCUAUGCGCAAGCGAAUUAUUGAAAUAAAAUUAAACCAUCUGUUAGCCCCGAAAUGACCUAGUUUGUGUCGAGUGGACUUAAACCCUAUUUCUCUCUAUCUUAAACCACAUCUCUCUCCCUCGAUGUACAGUACAG